GGUUUGCUUCCUCGAACAAAAAGCGGAAACAAAAGAAAUCAUACAUAUCUCAAAACUAAUUUUUGUGAGCUGAGCCGAGAAACGGGUAUACAACUGACAGUGUCCAGUCGUUACAUCAUACAUAUAAAGCAGGGGGCUGACAUGGCUUUGAAAAGAAUACAGAAGGAGUUGCAUGACUUGCAAAGGGACCCUCCUGCUCAAUGCUCAGCUGGACCAGUUGGAGAGGACUUGUUUCAUUGGCAAGCCACCAUCAUGGGACCUACUGACAGCCCAUAUCAGGGAGGAGUAUUCUUCCUCACCAUCCACUUCCCCACAGACUAUCCCUUCAAACCACCAAAGGUGGCCUUCACAACGAAAAUCUAUCACCCAAACAUAAACAGUAAUGGUAGCAUUUGUCUGGAUAUUCUGAGGUCACAGUGGUCCCCAGCACUUACAGUUUCGAAAGUUUUAUUGUCCAUAUGUUCUUUGCUAUGUGACCCAAACCCAGAUGACCCCCUAGUCCCAGACAUAGCACACAUCUACAAGCAGGACAAAGAAAAGUACAACAGAUUAGCAAGAGAUUGGACUCAAAAGUAUGCAAUGUAAAGGACUGACGUUUUAGACAACGGAAAAAGCUUAAGCAAAUGUAUUUCCUGGACACCUCUGAAAACAAAGUACUGUUGACACCCCUCAUCCACACUGGUUCAAGAAAGUGUUUUAUAUGGGAAGCACUUUCUAUGCCCAAAUUAACUGUUUUUAUGCUUUGAACUCAUUAUUUUCUUUGACAUUCCCAAUGUUAUAUAAAUUAUUAUUCAGUUAUUGCUGAGAUGGCCAUAAAGAUUUAAAAAAUAUAUAUAUGAAUCCAGUCCCAUCCCUCAUCUUAUAGGUAAUUUUUUCUUUCUUUUAGAUAUUUUUAUUGUAUAGUAUCAAGCUAUACUUAAUCUAUUUUUAUUAUUUUGCAUUAAAAAGUAAAACAAAUGGAUCUUGUCUUUAUUGUGAUACUGGAGAUGUGUUGUAUUGUGAUUUCCAGUUCUGGACCUUAGUGUUUAGAGAAGUACAGUAUUUCUUUCCCAUUGUGCAUCAACCCUUUGACUGAAGUGAUUGAAAAGGAAGCUACAUUAUGGUAACAUCAAAAAGCACCCUCUUAUCAUAUCAGAGGGGAAAUUGGGGCUUCUAGCACAUUGGUUUUUAUACCUGUCCAUUUCUUUCAGAUCUAAGGCUUUUUCUGGUCAGGGCAGCAGAUUUUAGAAAUUGUCCCCAUGACAUCUUUUUACUUCACCAGUAGAUGACAGCAUUUACCUGUUCUCACCUGCUAUGCUCAGUUCAAUGGCAAAUUACACCAAUCAAUUAGUUACCUUGUUUUUCCUAAUCAAUACCUCCACAGUUAAUGGCAUGGUACGGUUGCUUACUUCUGCGACUCUCAGGUUUAAUUAUUUGACAGGGAAUUCUGACUUCACAGAGGCUCUAGUCCUAGGUGAGGAUGAAAGUUGUCAUUGUGAACUUAAACAUUGAAUUAUAAUAAAAUAUACAUACUGUU